AUGUGUUUCUACAACCAGAAGAGAUUUGCAUGCGGAGACUGGAGCUGGACAAGUUUCGCUCACCGCUGCAACUAUGAGUACCGCACUGGGGAGACCUGCGGCAUGAGGCUCGUCAAUAUGACUGAGUUUGAAACAACACUAUGCCGCUUGUGCGAGAAGAUCGAAACCAAGUACCGGCGGCGAAGCGCCGAGGUGGAACGCUUGAACCGAUGGAAACGGGAGGGAAGCACUCUCGUAGCGUCCAUGGACCGGUCACAGAAACUCGUCAUGGAGCUCGAAAAAGAAAUUCGCCAACUGCAGCGGGAGCGUGACGAGAGAAGAAAGGCACUUUCAUGA